UGAAGAGUGAAACAAAUGUACCGGUAGAUGGGUAAAUUCUUUUGAGUAGCUAUUUUGGCGUCCGCCUGACGCGGAAACAAACAUAUUGAGGGGAAGAAAGAUCAUUGUAAUGAAAGGAACAAGGGCAUACAACGAAUAAACAGGUGAGGUGAAGUAAAUUUAAAUUUAAUACUGUAUAUCAUUUCACCAUUUGCCAGUUGAAUUAUAGCCGUUCGGGCGGAACAAGCUAUAGACUUGGGAAUAAAAUAAGUGAUUGGGAAUACAUGGACUUAAGGUAGGCCAAAAUACACUGAUGGGGGAACAAGGAUAAAUCUAAAGAAAAUCAUAGUAUGGGAUCAAACAAAGGCACAGGGACUGAAGAACAAACAAGUAGUUCCUUCAUCCCACCCGGCUAACUUAAGGGCCAGGGAUACCACUAAUAAGUUGAAUUGUAAGCAUUAAAUUAUUUUGAGUUGAUUUCUUAUUACAGUGACUUUUUAUAUAAUUUUGAGUUAUUUGAUAUUUCCGAAAAUGAUAAAAGUUUCUGACCAAGACUUUCCACAAAAUAUAUCCUGUUUCAUUGUUUGUUUACAUGUGAAACACUCGGGCAUGUUGGUCACCCUGAGGUGUCAAAGAAGAGUCUGAAGUCAAUAAUCAUUUUGGAAGAAUAAUUACUGCCAAUGAAUUUAUAUUACACUAACGUCAUGUAUACUUAGAAUAUUUGUUGUUUUAUUUGUAAAAUAUAUAUUUUGAUAAAUUAAAUUGAGAUUUAGGAAAUUGUCUUGAGAAAUAGAGGUAGCAGACGAAGAUCAGAGGCCGAUGGAAAGAUGGCCGACUCGAUGAAAUAUGUAAAGUUAAAGCGAAGUGAAACUUGUGGUUUUGGGUUUUCUAUCUUGGGAGGAGCGGGUUCGGAACUCCCACCAAUUAUUUAUGACAUCAUUGAAGGAUCACCGGCAGCAAAUUCAUGUCAGCUGGCUCCAGGUGACAUCAUAUGGGAGGUCAAUGGGCAAGAGGUUAUCACCUUCACCACAAAGGAAGUUCUCAAUUGUCUUCGUUUAUCAACUUCAGAAGUGACACUCAAAUUAAAAACCGAUGCAGGUAUUCAGCAGCGUGUACAACAGUACCUAGCAACACCAAAUAAUCCUGAUGUCUUACGAACAGCAAUUACUCAGGAUGAUCUUCAGGGUGUAAAACACAUCAAAGCCAAAAAGUCUUCAAGUAGAACACCACCUGAGCAGUCAUCUUCAACACCUCCAUCUUUACCAAGUCCCACACUUUCUGAUGCCUCUGACAGAACAUCCAUCAGCCAUGGUUCAAACCAUACAGCAUCUGAGAACGGUUUGCACAUGAAAGAUAGAACGACAACUGAAAAUGAGCGCAACAAGAAGAAACCCAAAAGUGAAGCGUACUUGAUGACAGGUGACCUUAUCUUGAAUCUCUCACGGACUUCCCAUGAUCCCAGUUGGCUACCCCAGCAGAAAACUGUUGAUGAUUUGAGAAAAUUUGGUAGCUCAAGUGUUCCCACAAGUCCUAAUGAAACGGACAUUUGUGGUGGCAGGCUAGCCAAACAUGAAGUGGGAAGUCCGCAGAGUUUGUGUUCGCCUGUGUCUGUUGAUAGUAAUGCUAGUGGUGUGCAAUUUACUUACCCCCCAACCAGCACUUCUGUGAGAAUAUCCAAGUCGGAAGACCACUUGCAGUACCAGAAGGAUAAUAUGUGUGCAGUUAAUAUAGAGCUUGAUGAUGAUGUGACGUCUUCACUAAACACCCUUCUAGAUACCUGUGAUGAUAAUAGCUCUUCCCCUGUUCCCCAUGAGGACCGUGACCGCCGUAUUGUAUGGACCUUUAAUGCCCCUACUUCCCCUGACAGUGUUCACUCGAGUCAUGACUCUGACAGUCCCCUAAUCAGGUCUCCCUCCCCUACCUCUCCCCAGUCUCCAACGUCCUCCAUGCAGUAUUCAUGUAGCGGAGUGUACGAUAAAAUGUGUAGUGGGCGUGAUUCGCUUGGCAGCUCUAACAGAUCUGAUAAUGUUUGCUCUAACAGCUCUAGCCUAACUAGUCCGGACACAGAUGUGCCUGAUGAACUUGAAUGGGACGAUACAACUCCAACUUUACACAUCUCUUCAGCUUAUGGUAAUAGUUUUAGUACCAAAGAUUUGCUUCCCAACGGUCACAAUAUGGGUGGUGUAAUGACAUCUGAGAAUAGAGGCCUUGUCUCUGAAAAAAAUAAAGUAAGGAAACAAGACGAAAAUCGUAUUGUGAUUAAAGUUGAGGGACCUGAUAAGAAAAGUAAUAGAAAACGGCCUCAGCAUUUACAAAAAAGUGGUGAGCCACUUCAUCAUGAGCACCAGGACAAUAAUGAUGCUUUGCGUGACCCUGAUUUAACACCCACUAAUACUCGCCCACCCACCCCUGGCUCAGGCACCCUCUCCCCAGAUACCCUUGCUUAUCAGGAGUUGCGUGAAUCUGAGGAUGAAAUUACAUGUCUUUCAGAAGAAGAUGGAACAGGCAAGGCUUCCAUACGAACCUCAAGCACCACUUCUCCUCCUCUUAGUGAGGAUGAGUCUGACAUUGACUCCCUACACAGCUUUCACUACAGUCCCAAGGCUGUGGACAUCCCGUCUGCAGUCAGAUUGGCAAAACGACUUAUCACCCUUGAUGGUUUCAAGAAAUCUGAUGUCUCCAGACAUCUUUCUAAAAACAAUGAAUUCAGUAGAGCGGUUGCUGAGGAGUACCUCAACUACUUUGAUUUCCGAGGUGACACCCUGGAUAAAGCUCUUCGCAAAUUUUUAGACAAAUUUUGUCUAGCAGGCGAAACUCAGGAGAGAGAACGUGUCUUAGUGCAUUUCUCUCAUCGAUUCUUAGAAUGUAAUCCUGGAACCUUUAACUCACAAGAUGCUGUCCACACCUUGACCUGUGCCCUGAUGCUGCUCAAUACUGACCUUCACGGGCAGAGUGUUGGACGUAAGAUGACCUGUAAUGAGUUCAUUGACAACUUGGCAGACUUAAAUGAUGGGGAGAAUUUCCCGAGAGAAGUACUGAAGUCUCUCUACCAUGCAAUGCGAAAUCAACCACUACAGUGGGCUACAGAUGAUGAUGGGGACACAGAGGCCAGCGGGGCAGGCAAGUCAGGUGGCACAGCUGGUGACUCACAGGCAGCAGUGGGAAGCAACCCUUUCCUGGCCCCACCCACUGGCAAUGGUAUUCAGUACAAGAAAGGAUACAUAAUGCGCAAGUGUUGCACUGAUCCUAAUGGAAAGAAGACUGCAUUUGGAAAGCGUUCAUGGAAGAUGUGGUUCUGUGUGAUACAAGAUUUAGUCUUAUAUUUACACAAAGAUGAACAAGGUGCCCGACGUGGACCGCAGCAUGCUCAGCUAGGAUACAAUGCCAUUCGCUUGCAUCAUGCUCUUGCAACACGAGCCCACGAUUACUCUAAGAAAGAGCAUGUCUUUCGAUUGCAAACUGCAGAUCAAGCUGAAUAUUUGCUACAGACAAGUGAUAGCAAAGAACUUCAGGCUUGGAUAGACACCAUCAACCUAGUAGCGGCAAGCCUGUCUGCAGCUCCUCUACCUGGAGCUGUUGGUUCUCAGCGCAAGUUCCAGCGACCACUUCUUCCCUGCAGUAUCACAAAGCUCAAUCUGACUGAACAGGUGGAGGACCAUACACGGCGUUUAGCACAGCUGGAGCAAGAACUUGAGGACCACAAGGCUCACCCCCCAGAGAAGAACAGCAAAGCCUCCUCCAUGUCAAAUUAUCGGGAAAAAGAAACAUACCUCUUGAAGGAGGUGAAAAGAUACCGGACCUACGUCUAUCUCCUUCGUUCCCGGCUCACAUCUCAGCCUCCUGGACAACAGGGUGCUGGAGCAGGAAUCGAAGCUAGUGAUCUUCCAGUAUUUGAAGCACGCCCAACUGGGGAGGGGGCAGAAGGGGGGGAUCGCGGGGGCCGCGUUGUACCGCCACCCAUUCCCGAGCGGGCGCGGCCGGGUGACAGCCCCCCUUCAACCACCAAGUUUCCUAAUGAACCUCUUGUAGAGACGAAGGCUGAUUCUACAAUCAGGACGCAAGAGGAUGUUAAAAAGACUGACACUGAAGAGAAUGUUCAAAACACUGGUGAGUUUGAAAAGGAUCAUGAACAGGUGGGCAAGGAUAAUGAUGAGGGCAAUGAAGGUGGUGGUGGAGAUGAAGGGGAUGGUAAAAGCAAUAAAGGAACACUAAAGAGGAAAAGCAAGGAAGAAAGGGAGAAGAAGAAGCUAGAUAAAGAGGCAGAGAAGUUUAUGAAGGAAUUGGAAAGGAAGGAAAAAGGAGCAGAGAAAAAGGAAAAAGCUAGGGAGAAGAAGGAGAAAGAUGUAGAGAAGAAAGGAAAGGAAAAAGAAAGAAAAGAUCAAAAUAAACAGGAGAAAAAAGAGAAAGAAAAGCAAAUAAAAGAUGAGAGAAAAACAAACGAAAAGGAGAAAAACGAGAAGCAGCAGAAUGCAGCAGAAGUAGAUGAAAAUGGAGACAACAAGAGGAACACUUUGGGUCCAGGUGAAAAAGAGAACAAAACUGAAUAUAGAGAAAAUGAAGAGGAUCCUCGGAUGGGCACCUUAAAUAGACUCUCCGCACUCUUCCGAUUCAGUAAGUUAAACAGUAAGAGUUACAAAUGUGAGGAGGAGGAAGAAGAUUGUGAAUGUAAGAGUAAACAGUUGCAGGUUGCCUUCCCUGAUCCUGAAGCUCCACCUCUUCCCCCAAAGCCUUCACCUAACUCCCCUGUCAUGAAGAAUGUAGGGACAAGAGUAGAUAUAUAGAAAUUUAUAAGACUAUGCAUUCACAAUGUCAUAUUUCAUAUUUAUUUUAUAUUUAUUUGUAUUAUUUGGGUUGAUCAUUGGUUUUGUUUGAUUUCCUCUUGACUUUUACCCCCUUGACUUUGAUGCAUUUCACUUGUUGUGUACAUACUGUUUCACUAACAUCAUAAAUAUAAAAUUUUAUCUCACCAAUACAGAUGUAUUGCCAUAAAAUUUUUAGUGCCAGAAUAUUGAUAGAAUUGUGAAAUAAUACUUCCUGGUAUAUGUACCUAAAGAUCUUAGUUGCUAUUUAUUUACGGUAUUAUAUUUCCAAUAAGCUCAUUUUUUUAAGGAUUGGAGAGAGCUGUGUACACCCACACCUCAAAAUACCAGGCCAACACACAGGUCAUAUGUCCUGGUGCUAUACAAAUAUUUUUUAAAGCUACUUGAAAAACUUUUGAAUAUUUCUAAAUACUGUAGAUACUUUGAUGAAAACUAAGAUGAAAAAUCAAACCAUUUCUAAAAAAUUCUGGUUUAGCAGCGACUUGCUUCAUAUUGAUGAAUAAACCAAAAAUUAAAAAAUAAGAGGUAAUGUACUUUAUACCUUCAUCCCCUUCAACUGUGUCUAGAUAUAAGUUAAUGUUUUGUAUGAAUAAAUUUAAGGAGCAUGUGCUGGGGUGCGCAUGUAGCUACAUAUUGUUUUAACAUCAACAACUAUAGUAUCUCUACACUAACCGGGCCCAUAAACCACGCCCCCCUUCUGUACUAAUAGCUGAUUGGUUCAUAGAAAAUUCAAACUAAAUGUGUCACAAUUGGUAAGCAGACCUGUUAUUAUCUAAAAUAAUGUUGAAUAUAUGAACUAUCAAAAUGCAAAUCAUUUCAAGGCAUUAGCACUUCAGAGAGGAUGUUAGAAAGUUUUAAAUAUUUAUCAUAAACGGUCAAUAUAAAUACGUGCUUAUACACGCGCAGUCUGGGGGAGGUAAGACGCUCAGUGGAACCAAUCAGCUAUUUGUAUCUAUAGACGAGGAGCGUGGCUCAUGGGCCAGGUUAGCGUGGAAAGGGUAUAGCUACUGUAAGCAUUCCAGCCAAGAAGGUAACACUGACACAUGGUAUACCAAUAAAGGAUGUUAGCAUUUUUUUAUAUUACAAAAGUGAGGUACAGUUGUUUUUUCUUUUUUUUCUUUAAGUAAAAAAUAAGAAUUAUAUAAUAUGGUGAGGGUAUUGAUAAGAAAUAAGUUGAAGGUUAAUGGUACAAAAAAGGAAGCAAGAGAAAGGGAUAAGAAAAGAAUAUUGUGAGUGGAAAAAAUAAAUCAUUGUACAACAUGUUUUGUGUUCCACAAUGGAUUAGUUCUUUAAAUUUAAGUUAACUGCCUAAAGGUGUAUUAACAU